AAAAAAACCACCGUCCUAGUCAGAUUCCCACCACCAUUGUCCCUUCCCCCUCUCUCUCUCUCUCUCUACACGCACGCGUACACCACGCAUGCUUAUCUAUAUCCAUCCGUAAAAAUAAUGGUACAGAACAGGAAUUCCGCUGUAAUAUGUGGUUUCUGAUGCAGGUGUCGAGCUCGGAUUCCCUUACAUUUAGGGAAAUUUUUUUUCCUUUUUUUUCUUUUUCUCUUCAACUCAUUGUUGAUUCAUCUCCAAACUUGACUGCCCUACGUUGGGUUCAAGUAAUCCAAAAGUGGAAUGGGCUGUAAAUGGGCAGAAUGGCAAUGAACAGUCCCGGAAACCCAGUUUGUGGGACAUUAGUAUUUCCCUUGGCCAUCAAGAUAAAGGAGCCCCCGUGGACCUUCUUGAGUGAAAAGGGUAUACCUCUUUUGGUGCUUGAAGGCAUAGCUCUAAUAACCAUCAACCCAAGUUCACAGGGUCAUUGAAUUUGAAGCUGUAGGUGUAGUUGCUUUGUCAUGGAAGACAAUGAACAUCUUGGUUUGUCAAAGCUGGUCUCUCCUGAAGUAGUUCCAUCUCUCAUCAAAUUUAUAGCUGCAAAUGAAGUAGCAGGCUUUGAUAGGGUUGAGGAGCCCAAAAACUUGGAUAUUCACCAUCAACAAACUGGUUUUCAGUUCUUCAGUUCCUCAGCUACAGAAACCAAAACAGCUGCUGUCCAAAGCCAGAGAAUGCAUUCUGUUUCUAUCAGUAUGCCAUCUUCCCCCAUGGAGGUUCACUUACAGAGCAGUAAAAGAGUUCUCUUCCAAGAUCAAGAUGGAACAAUCUUCAGCGAUGAGAUUGCAAAUCCUACAACUUCUGGCACUAAACAGGAAAAAUUCCAUUCUCAAACAAUGCCAGCUGGUUCUGCAUUUGAUGAGGCAGAUACAAGUGGAUUAUUUCCAAACCGCCCACGGCUCCCACCAAAGAAUCCAGGGAUUGAAAGGCUGAAGGACAAAAGGUUUGAUUCUUUUAAAACAUGGUCUGGUAAGUUUGAAAGGCAGCUAUCAAAUCUACGUGGAAAACCACAAGAAAUAAGACAAGAGGCAAACACAGAGCAGAACGUAGAGGUGGAGACUUUGCCUGUGCAUCGAUACUUUGAUGCCUUGGAAGGACCUGAGUUAGAUACCCUCAGGGCUUCAGAAGAAAUCCUGCUUCCAGAAGACCAGCGGUGGCCGUUUCUUCUAUGCUUUUCUAUUUCUUCAUUUGGUAUUUGCCUCGGGGUUGGCAGCCAAGUGAUUUUGUGGAAAAAGUUGGCCACUUCUCCUUCCAUAAAAUUUCUUCAUGUAAGCCUGGAUGUAAACCUCGUCCUUUGGUGCAUAGCUGUUGCGCUGGUAUCUACAGUCUUUGUCACCUACAUGCUCAAAGUCAUAUUCUACUUCGAAGCGGUUCGCCGUGAAUAUUAUCAUCCCAUCCGUGUUAACUUCUUCUUCGCCCCAUGGAUAGCCUUAUUGUUCUUAGUUCUUGGAGUCCCACCAUCCAUUGCUCAAAACAUACAUACAGCUCUCUGGUAUAUUCUUAUGACACCAAUCUUUUUCCUAGAGCUUAAGAUUUAUGGACAGUGGAUGUCAGGAGGACAAAGGAGACUUUCAAAGGUGGCAAAUCCUUCAAAUCACCUAUCUAUUGUUGGGAACUUCGUGGGGGCCUUAUUGGGUGCGUCGAUGGGGCUGAAAGAAGGACCGAUAUUCUUCUUUGCAGUUGGAUUGGCUCACUAUACAGUCUUAUUUGUAACUCUCUAUCAGAGACUUCCAACGAAUGAGACACUCCCAAAGGAGCUCCAUCCAGUUUUCUUUCUGUUUGUCGCCGCACCCAGUGUUGCUUCGAUGGCAUGGGCGAGGAUUCAAGGCUCCUUUGAUUAUGGGUCACGGAUUGCUUACUUUAUUGCUUUGUUCCUUUAUUUCUCACUGGCUGUUCGUGUCAAUUUCUUUCGAGGAUUCAGGUUCUCGUUGGCUUGGUGGGCCUACACAUUCCCUAUGACUGGAGCUGCCAUUGCAACUAUCGAGUACUCCAAUGAGGUACCAAACGUAGUAACGAAAUCUCUUUCGGUACUACUCACUGCCAUUUCCACUGUCGUCGUUACAUCGCUGCUUGUAACGACUAUUCUCCACGCCUUUGUGCUGCGUGACCUCUUCCCAAAUGACAUUGCUAUUGCCAUUAGUGACCAAAGGCCAAAAGCACACCCCCAUAAAUGGUUCCACAGGAGAACUGGAAGCUCAGAUAAGGACAUUGAAAAUUUCCUCAAAUUUACAAACUCAGGUGGGAAGGAUAUCGAGGCUUCUAUGAUGCCUCCAAGCUCCAUUCCUAAAGGAGUUGACAAUUCCAGCACAACCGAGGUACACUGCCAUGUCUCUCAAUUUUACCAUGACCACUGAGGGACAUUCAGUUAUUUGGGGAGAAAAGGGGGGACAAGGGAGGAAUAGGGUUUUGCUAUUCCAGUGAACUUGAUGUAGUGUGAGAAAUGGAGGUUUAUGUUGUAACUGGGAGAGGGUACAGUAUGGCCAUCAUGUCAGUUGUAAGUCAUAAGUAUCUAUAAAUAAAAUAUUGCAGCCCUUUUGCUUGGGAAA